UCACAGUGUGCAUUAAGAGACUACAAACUGUUUCGAGGAAUGUGACUUGAAUGUAAACAGUGCUCAGUUGCUAAGCUAGUUUACUGUUGUUAACAUUAUCUGUAGCUAACUACGUUUGAUACUGUCGCCGCUGGUUUGCACAGAAGUAUGGAUUAACGAUCCAUUCCUCGAGCUGUGAUGGCACAAACACACUGAUUCCAUAUCUGCAGUAACCCGCUCUCUGUUGUCAUUUGGUUGCAUACAUGAUUCAUAUUCUGUCAUCAUGACCAAGGACAUCGUUGUUGGAGAUGAAUUACCAGACUGGGUGGGAGCCAAGGAGUUUUACCAGAAAUAUGACCCAAAAGAGGUGAUUGGCAGGGGUGUGAGCAGUGUGGUGCGCAGGUGUGUGCACAGACAUACGGGUCAAGAGUUGGCAGUGAAGAUUAUUGAGAUCACCGCAGAGAAGAUGACAGUUCAGCAGCUGGAGGAGGUGAAAACAUCUACGCUGAAGGAGAUCCAAGUCCUCAACAUGGUGAAGGGACACUCUUCAGUCAUCACUCUUAUCGAUUCCUAUGAGUCCACAACCUUCAUAUUUUUGGUGUUUGACCUCAUGAGACGAGGAGAGCUAUUUGACUACCUCACAGAAAAAGUUACUUUGAGUGAGAAGGAAACCAGGAGUAUGAUGCGAGCCUUGCUGGAGGCUGUGCAGUACCUUCACUCCUUCAACAUUGUCCACCGGGACUUAAAGCCUGAAAACAUUCUCCUUGAUGAUCAUGGACACAUCAAACUGUCAGACUUUGGAUUCUCUGUUCAGCUACAACCUGGAGAAAAGCUUAGAGAGCUCUGUGGGACGCCUGGUUACUUGGCCCCUGAAAUACUGAAAUGUUCAAUGGAUGAAUUGCACACGGGCUAUGGCCAAGAGGUCGAUCUCUGGGCAUGUGGCGUGAUCCUUUUCACCUUACUGGCCGGCUCACCACCGUUCUGGCAUCGCAAGCAGAUGCUGAUGCUGAGGAUGAUCAUGGAGGGUCACUAUCAGUUCAGCUCACCAGAGUGGGAUGACAGGUCUGACACUGUGAAAGAUCUGAUAUCCAGGCUGCUGGUGCUGGACCCAGCUGUCCGUCUCACUGCUGAGCAAGCUCUAGCACAUCCCUUCUUCAGACAGUACCAGAAGGAGGAUGUGCGACUCUUCAGUCCCAGAAAGACAUUUAGGGUGUUGAUAGUGAGCGUGCUGGCCUGUAUCAGGAUGUACAGCCGUUACCGCAGGGCUCGGCCGCUGACUCGGGAAGUGCUUGCCAGAGAUCCGUACUCCCUUCGCGGUGUCCGCAAACUCAUCGAUGGCUGCGCAUUCCGCAUCUACGGGCACUGGGUGAAGAAAGGGGAGCAGCAGAACCGAGCCGCCCUCUUUCAGAACACAGCUAAAAUCAUGCUGCUGGGCCUGGAGGACUUUGAAACUUAAAAAGG